AUGGCCACUGUUAAAUCAGCGCUGUUUACAGUCAUAAAGUUCUUUUUGGUGUUCUUUGUGUUAAAUAGUGUUCAAACAGUGGAUAUUAAGAUAGGAGUUAUUUUGCCUCUAAGCACUGAAGAUCUGUGGAAAUUGCCAAAAACUCGUCCAGCGAUAGAAUAUGCUAUCGAAACAGUCCAAUAUCGGACAACCCUUCUGCAAGGGUACAAGAUCAAAGCUACUUAUGCGGACUCUAAGUGUGAUGAUACGCACGGUCCUCUAAGGGCCAUUGAUAUGUAUGUAAAGAAAUCCGCUGAUGUAUUUCUUGGUCCGGCUUGUGACUAUGCAGUAGCACCAAUAGCCAGAUUCGCGUAUUAUUGGAAUAUUCCCGUUAUAACUGCUGGUGCCUUGGUCAGUGCUUUCGCAGAUAAAUCCGAAUAUAAACUUUUAACUCGUAUUAUGGGAACCUAUGCUAAAAUAGGGCAUUUCGUUGAAGAUACAUUCCAUGUGUUCAAUUGGUCAACAGUUGGAUUACUGUACACUAAUUCUAAAGGACCCAACGAUGGACGUUCAAAUUGUUAUUUUGCUGUGGAACCUUUGUUUAUUGCCAUGCUUAAAAAGAGUGGCAAUGAGCCCUGGUAUACAAGUUUUGAUGAACAUUCUCCAAACGUCGAUUAUGGAAAACAUUUAAGAGAGGCUUCUUUACACACUCGAGUUAUUAUUUUAUGUGCCUCACCAUCGUCCAUCAGAGAAAUCAUGAUAAAAGCCCAUGAGUUAAAUUUUGAUAAUGGAGAAUAUGUUUUCUUCAAUAUCGAUCUGUUUAGCAGUAAAAAUGCUAGUGAGAGACCUUGGUAUAAAGCAGAUGAUACGCAAGAGAGAAACCAAGCGGCAAGAAAGGCGUACGAAGCUUUAAUGACUGUAACAUUGAGAAAGCCAACUUCGCCAGAAUAUAGGAAGUUUUCCGAGGAGGUGAAAAGAAGGGCCAGUAAAAUGUAUGCUAACUUUACGUAUGGCGAAGAGGAGGUAAGGGACGUGAAUAGUUUUGUCGGCGCCUUUCAUGAUGCUGUUAUUUUAUAUGCUCUUGCCCUUAAUGAAACUCUGGAAGCUAAUGGAUCAGUGUCUGAUGGAAAGGCUAUUACAGAUAGAAUGUGGAAUCGAACAUUUAGUGGAAUCACUGGAACUGUGAGUAUCGAUGCCAAUGGUGACAGAAAUGCUGAUUAUUCUCUAUUAGAUCUCAAUCCUAAAACAGAUAAAUUUGAAGUGGUAGCUAAUUACUAUGGUAAUAGAAAACGCUAUGAACCCGUGAAAGGUAAAAGGAUACACUGGGCUGGUAAUAGAGGAGGACCACCUAAAGAUACACCCGUUUGUGGCUUUGAUGGUUCAAAAUGUCCACCUGAAGAACCGUUUCCAGAAUAUGGCAUAGUUAUUAUUGUUCUUGGUUCAGUAUUACUUGUUGUUUUAAUUGUUACAUUUUUUGUAUAUAGACAUAUCAAGCUUGAAGCCGAAUUAGCGGAAAUGAAUUGGAGAGUUAAAUAUGAAGAUAUUAUGUUCGGAGCACCAACUAAAAAUCGGAAAUUGGAAAGAUGUGGUAGUCGAAUGAGUUUAAUCCGAAGAAAUUCUAUAACGAGUACUGUAUCAGGAGACACAAUUGCUAUACAUUUGGACAAUGGUAAUAAACAGCUUUUUACGAAAACAGGCUAUUAUAAGGGAGCCAUUAAUGCUAUUAAACAGAUUAAUAAACAACAUGUUACUAUACAUAAACCAUUACUAAUGGAGGUCAAAAAGAUCAAAGACCUCCAAAAUGACCAUUUAGUAAGAUUUGUUGGUGCUUGUAUAGAUCCUCCACAUUGCUGUGUAUUGACAGAGUAUUGUCCUAAAGGAAGCUUACAGGAUGUUUUAGAAAAUGAUGAAAUACAGUUAGAUUGGAUGUUUAGAUAUUCUAUUAUGCAAGAUAUUGUCAGGGGAAUGGCCUAUCUUCACGGUACUGAUGUACAUAGUCAUGGUAAUUUAAAAAGUACCAAUUGUGUUGUUGAUAGUAGAUUUGUAGUUAAAUUAACAGAUUUUGGUUUACAUAAACUAAGAGAACCCGACGAAGAUACUAUAGAUGUUACCUCAUAUGCCUAUUUUAGAAGUAAGUUAUGGACUGCACCAGAACUAUUAAGAAUGUUCAGUAAACCACCAGAAGGAACCAAGAGUGGCGAUGUAUAUAGUUUUGCUAUCAUAUGUCAAGAGAUUGUGUAUAGAAAAGGAGUUUUUUAUUUGCAAAAUUUAGAUAUGGCACCACAGGAAAUACUUACUAAAGUAAAGAAUGGAAUGAAGCCAUAUUUUAGACCAACUUUAGAAGAUUUUGAUUGUCCUUGUGAUGAAUUAGCUGGUGUCAUAAGAAGAAUGUGGUCAGAAGAUCCUGCAGAAAGACCAGAUUUUCACAGUCUAAAAAAUAUCAUUAGGAAAUUGAAUAAGGACGGUGAUAAAGGUGAUAUUUUAGAUAACUUACUCUCCAGAAUGGAGCAAUAUGCCAAUAAUUUAGAAGCUUUAGUCGAAGAAAGAACCGGUGAUUAUCUAGAACAAAAGAAACGUGCCGAAGAUUUACUCUAUAUGAUGUUACCAAAGAAAAUAGCGGCCCAGUUAAUACAAGGUGAACCUAUAAAGGCUGAAUCCUAUGAACAUACCACUAUAUAUUUUAGUGAUAUUGUUGGCUUCACUGCACUAUCUGCUGCCAGUACACCCAUGCAGGUGGUAGAUUUAUUAAAUGAUUUGUAUACAAUAUUUGACUGUGUUAUAGAAAAUUAUGAUGUAUAUAAGGUAGAAACAAUCGGUGAUGCCUAUAUGGUAGUAUCAGGACUUCCAGUAAGGAAUGGUAAUCUUCAUGCCAGAGAAAUAGCCAGAAUGUCACUGACUUUGCUCAAUAAAGUUUUGUCUUUCAGAAUAUCCCACCGACCUAACGAUCAGUUGAAGCUACGAAUUGGAAUACAUACAGGAUCUGUGGUAGCUGGUGUUGUAGGGAAAAAGAUGCCCAGAUAUUGCUUAUUUGGUGAUACUGUAAAUACCGCCUCUAGAAUGGAAUCAAACGGACUACCACAACGAAUUCACGUAAGCCCAGAAUGUAGAGCAGUUCUAGAUACAUUUAGUACAUUCGAGUUGGAAUUAAGAGGACCUGUUGAGAUGAAGGGUAAAGGUGCCAUAGUUACCUCAUGGUUAAUUGGUGAACGAGAAGCUCGUCCAUAA